UUCAGUUUAUUUCGUGCGUUUAACGUAUUCGGUUGUGCUAGUUCGUGGUAAAAGUGUUGAAAUAGAAAAGUGCUUUGCCGUGUGUAUGUGUAUAAAGUGAAAAAAUAGAAAAUUUUAUGAAGUGAAAAUUGAAAAAAGGUAUCAAUUGAAUAUAAAACAAGCAAACGCCUUAAACAUAAUGCUUUUUGUAGCAUAUUCAUAGCCUAUUGAAAGGCGAAAAUGAAAUGAAAAGUGUUGAAGUCGAAAAAAUGUACAGCAGUUUUAUAAAGUAAAAAAAUCGGGAGCGCAACGCACUCAAACGCAUACAUAUAUAUGUAUAACCAAGUGAACACUUAACAAACAUACAAACUCGUGUAAAGAUGGAACUAAAAAAUUUUCACAAUCUUUCUAUAUGAUUUAUUGACCAAGAAGAGAAGCAGAAAAGAAUAACGAUAUAAAAUGUAGGAGCGGAAUAGACACGACGAACUGAAGUGAAUAAAGAAAAAUAAAUGCGACGGUGAAUGAAAAUUGCAAAUACAGACAUAAUAAUAAAAUUAUAAAAACAAAAAAUAUAAAUAAGCAAAAAAGGCAGUGGUGCAACAACAGUUUGCAAAAGUGAUGGUGGAGGUGCUACAAACUCAAAAAUCGUUUGUUUACCUAUAAUUUUCCAAUGAACAAACAAAAUGCCUUGAUCAUUUUUACUUAUGGAUGUUAUUUUACGAAAGCAGAUAAUAUUUAAGUACUCGAAGCAAUAAUAGUAACGACCGAUUGAUAAAAAAUCAAAACGAGCAAGCAAACUUGUAGCAACGGAACAAUACUCAAGGAAUUGUUAAAAUACCUAAUUAAUUGUUAAAAAAGCGUGCAAGUACAUAUAAAUGGUUUCUACUUUUAUCGGGCUAUUGGACAUUCAAUCAUGGUGGGAGAUACCGUGCAUAUCUCAUUUUUGUUCAUUGUUUAGUUCUGCUUUUGAUCUGCCCGACAUCGAUAUCGAGGAUCUUGAGUCGGCGCUUCUAUCGGAUGGCACUGAUGAAGAUCAAAUUGCGCUUGUACCGGAGUUAAUUGUACGCCUACUAAAGGGUUGCGAUGCACUCAAAUCGGUAGCAAAAGAAAUAACCCAUAGCAAUUAUCAAAUGUUCUUGCGGCGUUUUCUACGCCAACAGUGUCCCAUACACAAUACCGAGAAUCAUUUUGAUACGGACAUUGACUUUCAAUCGCUGCCGGUGCGCAAACGCUUGCAAAUACUACAUGAUUUAUGCCAUUUUCGUCUCGAUUCAUGUGAUGUACAAGUUAUAUUAAGCAAUUUGGAAGCGGAUAGCUUGCGUGUCGAGCCGCUCGGUUACGAUUCGAAAAAUUCUGGCUAUUGGUAUUUCUAUGGCACGCGAUUGUAUCGCGAGGACAAGUCAACAUCGUCAGUGAAUAGUCAUAGCGGUGGUGGUGGUGGAGGUGGCAGUGGCGGUAAUAAAUCGGCGACGGCAGUGGUUAACGGCAGCCGUGGCAGCGGUGAAAAUUCAGAUGGUGCUGUAUGGCAAGUAAUUUGUUUUACCGAAGAGGAUUGGCAGAAUUUGGCUAGUAAAUUUAAAUCAUCAACAAAUGCUAAAGAACGCGAAUUAUAUCAGAUAUUGGAUGAAAAUUUCUUACCCAAGUUACCACAACUUUUCCGCGAGCGAGAGAGAUUACGCCGAAGAAAGCUACUACAAGUCCGCAAUUCGACACGCUUACGUAACAUCGUCGAGCUAAAAGCGCGCCAAGAGCAGGAACGUUUGCUGCGCGAACGUCAACGUUAUCCAUUUGAGCCGCCAACCAAUUUGAAAUCUCAGCAGUUAUCCGCACAGAGCAGAGCAAGAAGACGCUCCCAAUCCACUUCGACCGCGAGCGGUAUUUCAACGUAUGCCAGCUCUCUGCGACGCACGACCACUACAAAUUCCAGUGAAUUUCUCUGCCACAGAGAGACUUUCUGUCUGACGCCCGAAGGCGAAGAGGACGAAGAAGACGAGAACGAAAACGAGCAGCGACCGGAACUUUGCGAUACAGCGCGUCACCUAACGACGCCGCCUCACGCGCCAGCCAUUUGUACAGCGAUUGGUGUAGACGCGCCGCUACUCCCAGCGGAGCACGUGACCAACCAGGAGCACUUAUUGGCGGUGCAGCAGCAGCAAUUGCUCCUGCAAAAUAUCAAAGUUGAGCCGCUAGACGAGUCGGUGGAUGAAGGCGAUUAUGUUUUAAACCAUAACGGCGCAUAUCCCUACAACGUCGCACCCACUUAUGAUAAGCAACUUGCAGACACUGGAGAUUACUUUCGGAGCGACGAAGUUAAGUUGCAGCAAGUGCAGCUGCCAGUGAAGCGAUUGUUAGAAGAGACUCUUUGCGCUUCACCGGCACAGGCGCCACCUGUGAAGGCGAAAAAGUCGCAUCACAAGAAGAAGAAGUCACAAAAGAAGCAGAAAAAGAAAUCUCGCGAACAUCGGCGGCGUCACAAGCAUGCCAACGGUGUCAGCGGAAACGACAGCAACAAUAUUUCCGCCUCCAACACUGCUUCAGCAGCGAAAGCCAAAGCAACAAAAGAAGCGGUCGCAUCAACUGCAACGCCGCCACAACCAAAUCAGAGCGGCAGCAGUAGUAGUAGUAGUAAUAACAGCAGCAAUAGUAAAAGUCAAAACAGCAAUAGCAAUAAAAAGUCAACCAAAACACGCAGCAGCCGCAAUAAUAAAAGUCAGCAAUCGCGUACGCAAGCGCAAAGCCACAGUCACAGCCAGGGCCACGGCCAUCAGCAGCACACCAACAAUAGCCACGUGCUUACGCAUGCACCUUCACUAAGCCCUGAAGAUAAGGAGAAUUUCUGUCGCCAAUUCAGCGCCGACGCAGGACCAGUCAGCGAAUUACAUGAACUGUCUGCUGCGGGUAUUGUAGUCGAGACAUUGAGUGAUACCACAGGCGCAGCUGGCACUGGCAGCGCCCAGCACAUAGCCACUGUCAUAAAGAAGGAGGCGGGCGUGGGCAUUGCUCUUGAUAUGGCACCAACCACAAACAUGAAAUUGCCCGGCAGACAAACUAACAAUUCGCUCUCGUCACUGACGGGAAACAUAUUCAUACCGCCUACGUUGCGUGAAGAUGCGACGACAACGGCGGGCACCACGCCAACAGAGCGCGCGGACACUAAAACGAAGUCAUCGACGGCAACGAGUAGUGCGGGUCACAGAAAGCAUCAUAAGCAUAGCGCGGCAGCCGCGGGAUCUUCUACUACACCGUCAGAUUCGAAUGCUGUUGCGGAGAAGAGUAAUGCUAGUGGCACAGCUGGUGGUGGACAUAAAAAGAAACUUGCUGCAGUAGCCGCAGCGGCGGCGGCGGCGGCAGCAGCAGCAGCAGCAGCAGCGGCAGCGGUAGCGGCAGCUCCGACUGUCUCAGCUGUUGCCAGCUCGAAGUCGUCGUCACAACACUCGGAUAAAAGCGCAGAUGAUACGUCAAUAAAUCUUCUCAUUCACCUAAAAUUGACCCAAAUCGACUCAUUUGGAAUUGUGUACUUCUCAUACCUUAAAUGCUCUCCUACUUCAUUGCGAUCAUCAACAUUCCAACUGCAAAUUUGUAAACAACAAUUACAACAAACAUCCAUAUGGUUUUUUUGUGAAAAUGUAAAUUGUAGAAAUGUAUUUAGUAAAAAUCGCACCAUCACCUCAAACACCAAAAACACCAUCACCACCACUACCACCUCAACAAUCAUCAAUACCAACACCGCCACCACAACCACAACCACAACCAAAAUCACUUCAAAUCAUAACGCCUCGAAUGUGUUUAGAAAUGCGUCGCAUGGUACAGAAGCAGCCGUAGCGGCGAAAACAACAGCAACAGCAGCAAAAACGUAUCCGUCAACGUCGUCGACGGCAGGCGCCAAUACAACGGCGAUAGCAGUGACUAAAUGCUAUUUAAAACAUGCUAACAAUCAAAAUCAAAAUUCUCACAAACCAACUAAUCCGAAUCAUCAUAUAACCUCCCAUUCCCAUUCCAAUAAUUGUUCCAAUUCAUCUGUUAAUUACCACCAUCAUCAUAAUCACCACAACCACAACCACAACCACAACCAAAAUACGCACCAAACGCACGUUUCCCAAUAUUCCAUGCAUUCCUGUGCCACCACCAAUCAAUUGACAUCCACAUCGUUGAACGCCUUUAAUUAUGCUUCCAAAAAUUCCACGAAUACGAAUUUUCUCAGUUUCACCGAAACGGAAGAAGUUCUACAAAUCGGUAUGCACAAAGUGCUCGUCUAUGUGAAGAAUCACCGUGAUGCCUGGCCAUUUAUGGAUCCCGUUGAGGAGGACAUAGCGCCACGAUAUUAUUCCAUAAUACGCAGACCAAUGGAUCUGCUCAAGAUGGAAGAUAAACUGGACAACGGUGAAUACAAUAAAUUUAGUGACUUUCGCAACGAUUUCAAAUUGAUUGUGAACAACUGUCGCCUCUAUAAUGGACAUAACAAUGAAUACACGGAAAUGGUGAAUAAUUUACAAGAGGCCUUCGAUAAGGCCACCAAAAAAUACUUUGAUAAUUUAUCAGAAGACGAUGACGAUGACCCCAGCUUGGGCUAUCCGGCAGCCGAUUCAAAGAUGAAUGUGUUCCGGGAGAAAUACUUCAAUAAGAAGUCUUCGAAGGACGCUAGUAGCGAUAGUCAGAGUGUUGCAACGGAUGCGGAGAAAAAUGUUGCAGACAAGUCAACAGAUAAGAAGAGAAGUGGUAAAAAGCGUUCAAUGGAUUCGGUUACAGAGUUGUAUAAGGAAAAGCACGCGUAUAGUGGUGAGGAGGACAUAGACGAUAUGGCAAGCGGUGAUGGGGAGCAGCGUGGUACAAAGCGCAAGCGUAAAGAGAAGGAUAAAAGGCGUAAGAAGAAAUCAAAAAGUAAAGCAGUUGUAGUGGAAAGGCACACAGACGAUGAAGAAAAUAUUGAAGAGGAUGAAAAGCAAGGUGAUGAGGAAAUGCGUGAAGAUUUUGAGCAAGAACAUAACAUAAAAAAGGGCAGAAGUAAACAGGCUAAGGAAGGCACAAAGAAGGGUAAGAAGAGUAAGAGCGAGAAAUCGUCCAAAUCUUCAAGUAAAGCCUCGAAAGGCAAAAGCGAUGGUGGUAAAACAAAGAAACAAAGCAAGAAGAGCAAUAAAUCAAAAAGUUAUAACUCCGAUGAGUCCGCAAUGUCGGAUGAUGGCGAACCUGAACCAAAACCGGAACCGGAGUCAGAACCUGAAGCGGAACUCGAACUGGAUUCAGAGUUGGAGCCGGAGCCGGAGAGCGUCGAUGAGGGCGGAGAAGACGAUGAUGAGAGUUUUGAAUAUCCGAGUGUGAAAAAGGGCAAAGGCAAAGCAAGCAAAGACAUCAAAACACACACAAAAGCCAUCGCAUCCUUAGCGCAAAAGAAGAAACAUGCAUCAACUAAAUCAAAUAAACAACCCGCAGCCGCAAAAAAUCAAAAGGGUAAAAGUAAGAGCAGCAAGUCGAAACAAAAGUCAAAGACUUCGGCCGAAAGCGAUGUCGAUGGUGAUAAUGAAAGCGACGACGAAAAGCCUCUAAAGAAGAAACCGCUUUUGAACAAAGACAUGCCACCACCAGCCGUGGAUGCUCUCGCCGCCUCAGCCUCUGAGCUGGAGGAGGAGGUAAUCGACGACGAUGAUGAUUCACGUUCGCGCAGCAUGUCCCCAUUCAAGGUGGAUCUGCAUAAGAAAUACUCCAAAAGUGCACUUAAUGAUGAUCUCUGCGACUUGUUGACAUCGGUGAAGAAAGUACCCGGUACAUCAGCAACCAAUUCAAAUGAAAAGCGGGUGACCCCCGAAGACGAUGAAGAAGAUGAUGAUUUUAAGUCCUUGUCUAGUCGCAGCUCAACGCCGGCACGCGCUUCCAGUGAGGAACGCAAGACAAAGCGCACGCCGAAGAAACAUGCGCGUAACGGAAAAAAGGAGGAGCCGCAAAGUAAUAGGAAAAAUUCUGCUGCGUCUAGCACAUCAACUGUCGGCAAAAAGAAUGCCGAACUCGAUGCUGCUGCGGCCGCUGAAGCAGCCAAGCAAGCCGAGCUGGAGAUGUUGUUGCCUUUUCUCGAUAAAUACGAGUUGAUAAAGUACCGACGUAGUCGCGCCAAUAAUUUGCAGCAGAGUACAGCGGUUAGUGUAGCUGAAGAUAGCCAAAAAGCAGUGGGCAGAAGUCGCUCAAGAGAAACCGCCACCAAGAAAAAGGAUACCGGUAAGGGUGGUGAAAAGGAGAAGGCUACUGACAAAUCGAAUGGCGAUAGCACGAAGGUGAAAAAGACCGGAAAAAAAUCCAAGAAGGAUGCGCGCGGUAAAGAUAAAUCGGAUACAGAAGACUUAAAAACGAAGCCUAAAGAAGACGUAACUUCAAAGACCGCAAAAGCCGAUGAAAAGCCCACAGGAAAAGCUGCAAAAGUGGCUACGAAAGCAGACCUGACCGAGGAAGUGUACAAUGAGGGCCAUACAAUAAAUAACACCAUCUCUACGAAGAGCGGUAAAAAUGCGGAAAAGAAAGCUGUUGCAUCACCCGAAAAGCCGGCUGCAAAAAAGAAGGAAAAACCUAAACCGGAACCUAUUCCCACCGUGCAAGUGGAAGAAUCGCCAAAGAAGCCGACUGAGAAACCCACAGCUCCGGUGCCACCGAAGAAAGCAUUGCAGAAAAAGGCUGCUGCUAGUGCUGCGGUAAAUAAAAAAGCUAACAAUAAACCAACAGCCCUAAGCGCUGCUCCGAGCAAGACUUCAUCGACCAAUAUUGAGGCACUGGACGUGGAAACUGAGCAGACGCUGAAGGAUAUCAACCGCUGGUUGGAGCAUACCCCGCGUUUCUCGGAAUUCAGUUCCGCCAGCAAUUCUCCUUCGCGUUACAACCUAGACGAGUUCGAUCCGGCGAUUCCGGCCAAGUUGGAACCGGCCGAUUUCAGACGACCAGUGCCGAUCGCUCCGCCGAAAAUUGAUUUGGUGCCCACGAAAUUGGCAGAAGUGCUGGUUGAUUUAGUCACUGACAGCGAUGCAGUGGUCACCAGUGGCCUUAAGAAAGAAGUGAUCUCAGAAUUAAUAACAAGCGGCAUAUCUGCCAGCACCGCAGGUGGCACUGCGAGCAGUGUGAGCUCUAGCUGUGGCACGCCACCGCAUUCGGUCACAUCUGCCAACUCAGUUGGAAGCACCUCAGCCAAUGCUUCGUCGAAUAACUCAGCUGUAAAUGCACCGUCGAUAUCAUCGAUCGCCUCUGCGUCGGCCGCCAAUCAGCCAACUUUGCUAAUACCACCGCCUCCCGCCAUCGUGGCGCCCGUUUUGAGCUCACUCGCGCCACCAAAACCCAAAGAGCCCAGCACCACUCAAUUGCUGCUGCAUCCACCACCGCCGCCGCAUAUUAAAAAUCAGCUGGCAAAAGAAGCUAAGCGCAAGUCACUGAAGGAGAAGCUACAGGCGGCUACAAAUCCACGCCGCAAAGAUUUGCUUCGUACCAUCGAACGGCUGCAACCGGGCAAAGCUAAGGGCAAUCUUAUACAAAAUAUAAAUAAACCCGAUGAGCUUUUCCCGCUGGGACCUGUCGCUGCCAAAACAAAGGAGGUGAAGAACGCGCUGAUCGUUGAAACUGGCGACAAUGCGCCCAAGCUAAGUUUAGGCACCGUUAUAAAUACUGAUGAUUUUGCUUUGGGGCAAUCACACAAUUUCAUCGAUGAGUUGGCGAGCAAAACCGAAGCAAAGUCUUUGAAUAAUACAGAAAAGGAAGGGGACGAGAAGGGUGGCAAGACGACUGGCCUUGAGAUAAUUUCGCCCUUCACAUCCAAAGCUUCGACAAUAUCUGCUGGCGUUUUGGCUGCUUCGGAAAUAGAAUCGGAUAAGAAAGAUGAUGAAGCGCUUGCCAACGAUUACAUAAAACCCUUUGAAAAACUGUUGGAGAAGAAGUCUGCCGCUAAUACGGAGUCAGGCGGCACUACGACUGCAAAAGAAAAGCCAAAUUUGAGCGCAUGGUUCAAAGCUUUUGGUGCACCGAAGAAAGCAAAGAAAUCGGAGGAGGAAGAAAAGCAACAACAACAGCAGGCAGAUGCAAAUGAGUCGGCUUUCAGCACUGGCCCAGGAUCAAGCUCAACGAAAUCUAAUGAUGGAGCAGCGACUGCCUCAUUAUCCUCCACCGGCGCCACUGCUGCCAGCAGGUCACCCACUUCGGCUUCAAUGACCGGUGGCGUGGACUUUUCAUUGCCCUCAGCGCCACGCCAACGCAAAGCGAGCACUGGCAGCACAAUAUCCGAACGCUCCUCCUUCAGCCAGGACCCCGACUCGCCUCGCAUAGCUAUAGAUGAACGUUACGGGUCUUACGCGGGUGCGAACUACACGUCGCCCAUCGGCGCUUCACCAAUUGGGGCAUCACCCAUAAUGGUUUCACCGAAGCCAGACGAAAUUACCAAACCUACCUCACCCUAUCCAUUGAAUGGCGCUAUAAAGGUGGGUUUCUAUCAAGACACCACCACCAAAAGCAGUCCGGAUAAGAGCUGCAGUCCACGCGAAAUGCCAUCGCCAUAUCCACAAUACUCACAGCACAUAUACUCAUCUGCUUCGUCACCAAACGUAUCAACGCCCGAGUUAAGUGGCACUUCACCCUAUGGUGGCGCAAAUAGCUAUAAUCCUUCCGGCUCAGAGGCCUCGAAAACGCCUGUUUACUCAUCAACAUCACCAUUGCCGAAUCUCUAUGACCAAUACAAGCAGCCACGUUCACAGGAAUCCGAUUACAACUCAUCUAUGAGUCCAAGCACUCCCAAUCCGAAUUCACCAUAUCAACAGCCUCAAAGUUCACCAUAUGCCGCACAAUCGCAUCAAUCCCCAUACCACCACCCCAACUCACCAUACCAUCAGCAGCAACAUUCGCCCUUCCAUCAACAACCGCACAGCAGCCCAGUUCACACGCCACCCGCAGCCACGGCUGCCCUGCCUGCUGGCUCCACUUCAGUGCAUUCGCCGCUGCACCAGCAGCAGCACAGUCCUAUGCCUAGCAGUGUAGACUCGCCAGCAUCGUCUGCUGCAACUCAACCGCCAACGCCACUGGCCCACUCACCUGCCGACCAGCCGCAUUCGCCAUACCAACAGCAGAUGCAUUCGCCUUAUCAGUCGCAGUCACAGGCCCCCCCUCAAACGCAAUCACCUCAAGCGCAACAGCAAAACUCCAACGCCCUUUCGCCGUACAGUCAGAGUAGCAUGAGUCCAUCACCAUAUCAGGCACCGGUGGGGACUCCGGAGGCAGUCACUUUCAAUCAGUUGACUCAAAAUACUGAUGUGAAAAAUACCUCCCCAACUGUUACAGCGACGCCAGCAACUCCCGCGCAAGCCGAACAGCCCUAUGCGCAGACUGUAGCCAAUAGAAGCAGCGGCAGCGGCAAUAACGUUAGUACAGUUGGAGGUGGUGACUCUGCAGGUAGCGUUGUAAAUGCUGCGAUUGCGUCUGUAUCGGCAUACGUGCCAACACCCCAGGAUAUUUUUAAUGCCACCACAAUGCUGGCAGCGCAAAGCCAAGUGCAAGGGCAGACGGAGUCGCAGAGCCUUGCGCAACAGCAGCAGCAACAACAGCAACCAACCCAGCAGCUGCAACAGCAACAACAACACCAACCAACACAACUGCUCCAACAGCAACUGCAACAACAACAGCAACCAACCCAGCAGCUGCAACGACAACAACAACACUCUCCGCAACAACAGCAGUCUCCGCAACAACAAAAGCCUCAACAACAACAAACUCAACAACAACAUCAGCAGCAGAUAGACGAGUUGCGAGCCCUCUACGGCACGGCGCUGAGCUCUGCGGCUGCAUCUAUCUUGGACAACACGAAGCAUAACGAUUGGAAUUUGACUGGCGCCACGCAGCCACAGGUUGAAAUGCAGCAGCAGCAACAGCCACAGCAACAACAGCAACAGCAACAGCUGCUCCAACAGCAACAACCGAAGCAGCAAAAUGUUCAACAUCAGUUGCAGCAGCAGCAACAACAAUUGCAAAACCAGCAACAAUUGCAACAAAAUCAACAGCAACAAAAGCCGCAAUAUCCAACCUACGCGCAGUACCAGUCAAAAGCUGCUGCAGCUGCUGCCGCCGCUGCUGCGUCCACGAGCAAGGACGUCUCUGGAGCAGACAAGACGGACAGUGUGAAAAGACAGAGCGCCACAGCUUCGGUUUACGGCGACAACUCUGCCAACGAUAUGGCAGCCUUCAUGCAACACAUGCACCAGCAGGCGCAAGCACACAAGAACUCUGUGAGCGCCGCUUCAACGCCAGCGGCGUCUAGCCCUACAGCAUCAACCACUGUGGCAAGCACAGCAGCUGUGAACGCAAAUGCCAACCCGCUUAAGCGGACAGCUGAGGACAUGCUGGGCAUGGACUACAGCGGCACCAGCAGUGGCGGCUCAGCGAACAAGUUACAAAAGUGUGAGAACAAUAGCGGAAAUAUGCCGCAGCAAACAGCACAGAUGUCGGCACAGAGCAGCAAACAACAACAAAUGUUCGAUAGCUUCUUGGGUGCCAUGCCCUUUGGCAAGCAUUUGGGGAGCAUAACUCCAGACAAGGCGUUCGAAAUGUAUAAUCGCGCUGCGUCAAUGGGGUUUCCCAAAGAUUAUGCGAAGGACAACAGCUGCCAAUUGCAGCAACAGCAACCGCAGCAGCAGCAAUCCCAGCAGACCCAGCAACAUCAGCAACAGCAACAGUCGAAUACUGGCGCUAGUCAACAGCAACACCAGCAGUUACAGCAACAAAAGCAAACGCAGCAUUUACAGCAACAGCAACAGCAACAGCAGCAGCAGGCAACACACAACCAGCUGCAGCUUGGCCAGCAGCAAAGCCAACACCCCCAACAGCUGCAGCAUAGUCAACAUACGCAGCAGCAGCAACAGCAGCAAACUCAACACUUAUCCAAGGCCACCAUGGACAGCAUUACAGCCAGCCUGCUUAGCAAGCCCCUUAAUUAUGGCGCUAGUAGUCUGCAGCAGCAGCAACAACAAACGCAGAUAAGUCAUUCACAGCAAAUGACCCAGAGCUAUUCAACACAGCCACAACAGCAGCAACAACAACAACAGCACUCGCAGCAACCGCAAGCGCAACAGCAACAGCAACAACAGCAAUUGCCUGCUAAAUCGACUGCAGCGGCAAGUUCAGCCUCCGGCUCAGCAUCAACACUGGACGCCAGCAAUAUGCUGAACAUGUCCAGCCACCAUCUGACACACCAUCUUUCGGCCUACAACAAGCCGACCCCACCACCGCCGCCUGCGCAGACAUACAGCAAUCCGGCAGCCUCGUUACUGCACCCCUUGGCCGAGAGCUUAUUCGGCCUGUCCUCUGCCAGCUCCGGGUUCUACGAUAAGAAUAUGCCCCCAGCUGCCCACAUGUAUAACGCAGCGGGCGCGGCGAAAAAUCUCUCAACAUCCCAGCUGUACUCGAAUCCCGCAUCAAUUGCUGCGAUGGGCGCUGGUACUGGCAUGUACGGCAAUGCCCAGCUGACGUCCGCGGCAGCAGCGGUGAGCGGUUCGUAUGGCGUCACUAACACCAGUUCCAAUUGCAGCAGCAACAACACGACUAACCAGCAGCAUCAGAAUGUAGUAGCCGCAGCAACGGACGUUGCAAAAUCAGUGGCGCCGGCCGUUCAAGUUCCUGCGAAACGUGGACGCAAGAAGAAGGCUACAACGAUUGCGGCAGAAGCGGCGGCGGCAGCUGCAGCGGCUGCCAAACUGCAGCAACAGCAGCAGCAACAACAACAGCAGCAACAGUUGCAGCAACAGCGCCAGCAGCAGCAGCAGCAGCAACAACAACAGCAACAGUUGCAACAACAGCAGCAGCAUCAACAGCAGCAGCAGCAGCAACAACAACAGCAUCAGCAGUUGGUACAAAAUCAUCUUCACCCGUCGCAAUAUAACACGGCAGCGGCGCAUAUGUCACAGCUGACAAGCACCAGCUCAACUGGUACAGCACAGCCCGCACACCAAAGCUCCAGUGGGGUGCCCGCCCAUUUGCAGGCGCAUGCACAGGCGCUGCAGCAAGGCUUUCAACUGUACGCUGGCCUAAAAACAGGUGGUGUUGGCUCGCCGCUCUCGGCAGCAACCAGUUCCAGUUCGGCCGCAGCUGCUGCAGCCGCGGCGGCAGCCGUCAGCAAUGUGGCUGCACACAGCGCGGCUUCAGCAACAGCAACAUCUAAUGUGUCCGCCACAAGUGGCGUUGAUGUAGCCACUGCGAUUUCGCUGAAGACAUCCGCGGCUGAGGCGACCGGCAUGGUGCCGGGCAGCGCUUUCAAUUUCGGACCCACCCCUGGCAGCCUUGGCUUAUAUGGCGACCAAGCGGCAGCAGCUGCCGCCAGCAGCUACUUAGAUCAAUUCAGAGAUGCAUCCAACCCCUACUAUAUGCCACCAGCGCCGGCGCCCGCUCACCGCAACUCGGCAAGCGAUGCUAGUGCGGCAGAGAAAGCGCAAUCAGCGCUAAAUCCAGGUGCAUCGGCGGCCGCUAGCGCUUACCCAUUCUUGGCGGCGCACACAACACCGCGUGGCACCCCUUACUCAUUUAUGCAUAAUACAGGCGCCUCACAGCUGGCUGAUCCCAAUUCUCAGCUAUAUUCCUCCUACUUGCGGCGAGAGGAUUUCCUUAUGUUCAAUCAGGGGCUACUGGGACGUGGCGCAGGUGCAGCAGGCUAUGGGCAACCACCGCCGCCAACAGCCUAUCGGCCAUCCUCACUGGGUAUGCCCAAGCCGUAUGAUAUCAAUCGAUCAUGGUUUUAGCAGUGCGCCA